AUGAAGAUGCUCACCAAGUUCGAGUCCAAGUCGUCUCGGGCGAAGGGCGUAGCCUUUCACCCUACUCGGCCUUGGGUACUCGUUUCGUUGCACUCGUCGACAAUCCAACUUUGGGAUUACAGAAUGGGAACGUUGAUUGACAGGUUUGAAGAUCACGAAGGACCGGUUCGAUGUGUCAACUUCCAUCCUACCCAGCCUCUUUUCGUUUCUGGUGGCGACGACUACACCAUCAAAGUGUGGUCGUUGAAUACGCGUAAAUGUAUUUUUUCAUUGAAUGGACAUUUGGAUUAUUUGCGUGCAGUGUCGUUCCAUCAUGAUCUUCCGUGGAUUCUUUCGAGUUCUGAUGACCAGACCAUUCGUAUCUGGAACUGGCAAAACCGUCAGGAAAUUGCGUGCUUGACUGGACAUAACCAUUAUGUGAUGUCGGCGCAAUUCCACCCCAAGGAUGAUUUGAUAAUCUCAGCGUCGUUGGAUCAAACCGUCCGUGUUUGGGAUAUAUCGGGUUUGCGUAAGAAACACUCGGCCCCUACCUCUUCUGCUCGGUCCUUUGAAGAUCAAUUGCAGCGUCAACAAUUGCCUCAGCAGGAUAUAUUCGGCAACGUCAAUGCCAUCGUUAAGUACGUUUUGGAGGGCCACGACAAGGGAGUCAACUAUGCUACUUUCCACCCAACCCUUCCUUUGAUUGUUUCGGCUGGUGAUGACCGCUUGGUCAAGUUGUGGAGAAUGAAUGCCACUACUGCUUGGGAAGUCGAUACCUGCCGUGGCCACACUGGAAAUGUGUUGAGUGCUAUUUUCCAUCCUCAGCAAGAUUUGAUCAUAUCUGUCGCUGAUGACAAAACCAUUAGAGUUUGGGACAUGAACCGCAGAACUCCAGUGAAACAAUUUAGAAGAGAACACGACCGUUUCUGGCUUAUAGCUUCUCACCCUCAUAUCAACUUGUUUGCAACAUGUCACGAUUCGGGAGUGAUGGUUUUCAAGUUAGAGCGUGAAAGACCGGCGCAUGCUAUUUUCCAAAACAAGCUUUUCUUUGUUAAUGGCGAAAAGCAAGUUCAAUGUUACGACUUUUCACGUAAUGAAACUUCGUUGCCUAUGCUUUCCCUCAAGAAGAUUGGAAAAACCUGGUCUUUUAUGCGAUCACUCUCCUACAACCAAUCAGACAAUUCUAUCUUGGUCACUCAUGGUGAAGGUGACUCCGGCCAAUAUGCCUACAUUACCUUGCCUAAACAUGUUACUGGUGCUAUAGAGCCUACAGAUAUAAGGCAGGGUGAAGGUAACUUUGCUUGCUUCAUUUCUCGCAAUAGAUUUGUUAGUUUUGUGAAGUCUUCGAAAACUUUGUUGGUGAAGGACACUAAUAACAACACGACAAAGACCAUUCAGCUUGAUUCGUCGGUUAAUGAUGUGUUAUCAGGUGGUCCUGGAAGAGUUUUGUUGGUCAAGACACACGCAGUUGUCAACUAUGACGUACAGCAACGUAAAGAAUUGGCUGAGAUCAGCGUUAAUAAUGUGAAAUAUGUCUCAUGGUCAAAUGAUGGUCAACACUUGGCCUUGUUGUCGAAGCACACCAUCACGAUUGCUACCAAAGAUUUGGAACUCGUUACAUCUAUGCAUGAAACUAUCAGAAUCAAGAGUGCUGCCUGGGAUGACUCAGGUGUGCUUUUGUACUCUACCUUGAACCAUAUCAAGUACUCGCUCUUGAAUGGAGAUCAUGGCAUCAUAAAGACAUUGUCAAACACUGUAUACAUCACCAAGGUGUCUCAGAAGCAGGUUUACUGCUUGAAUAGAGCUGGCGAGGUGGAGGUGAUCACCAUUGACCCAACUGAAUACAGAUUCAAAAAGUCUUUGGUUAAUAAGAACUUCAACGAGGUUUUGCGCAUUAUCAAAAAUUCAAACUUGGUGGGCCAGAACAUUAUCGCUUACCUUCAAAAGAAGGGAUAUCCAGAAGUGGCCUUGCAAUUUGUUGAAGAUCCUGAAACUCGUUUCGACUUGGCUGUCGAAUGCGGAAAUUUGCAAGUUGCAUUGUCCGAAGCUAAGACCUUGAAUGACAACGGUAUUUGGAAAAAGCUUGGAGAUGAGGCGCUCAAGCAAGGAAACUUAGAGAUCGUCGAAUUUGUUUAUCAACAGAUCCACUCCUUCGACAAGUUGUCCUUCUUGUAUCUAUGCAGAGGCGACUCUGAGAGGUUAGCAAAAAUGGCUACUAUCGCUGAACAUCGCCGUGAUCUUUCUUCCUUGAUGCAAAAUACCUUGUAUUCAAAUGAUGUGAAGAAAAGAUGUCAAACUCUCAUCCAGAGCGGUAUGCUCCCACUUGCGUACACUCUUGCCAAAUCUAACGGAUUGGAUGACUUGGCAGCCGAUAUUUUACUGGAAGCGGGUAUCUCGGAGGACAAGGUUGUCUUGCCUGAAUUAGGAAGACCUUGUGAAUUGCCAAAGCCGGUAGAGAAUACUAUUGAGCAUUGGCCACUCGAGGACACAACUUUGUCUUUCUUCGAGACCGCGUUACUUACUGGUAAAGUUGAGAACUUGUCUAUUGAGGAGGAGGACCCUCAGAAUGGAGCUGAAGAUGUUACGCGUGCAAAUAUUGAUCUUGACGACCCAAUGAACGAGGAUGCUGAAGAGGAAGAAGAUGCAUGGGACAAUGCUGAUGACUUGAGCAUUCCAGAUGAUGAAUUCGAAGAUGCUGAACAAAGCAAUGAAAUUGAUGUGUUUCAACAAUCGGCUGUUGCCGAAGGUGAAGUUGGCUAUUGGCUUAGAAAUGCUAAGACGGCUGCCGGGUACGCUGCAGCAGGAGCAUUCGAACAAACUGCAUCCAUGUUGAACAAGCAAUUGGGAGUGGUCAACUUUGAGCCAUUGCGUCCUAGAUUUCUUGAGGUUUACCAAUCAAGUAAAUUAUACUUACCAGGUAUUGACGACUUACCAGCUAUGAAGGACUACAUAAGGGCCGACAACGAUGAGGACAAUCCUAACAAGUUCCAUCCAUUGAUUCCAGGUUUCGACAACUUGGAAGAUCGAUUGUCGGUCGGUUUCAAGCAUUUCAAAGCCAACCAGCUUCCAGAAGCUAUCAAGGUAUUCCGCGACAUCAUUUACACUAUCACUUUGUUAACUGUUGCAGACGAUGAAGAACAGGAGAAAUGCGAGGAAAUCUUAAGAUUGUGCCGCGAGUAUAUCUUGGGACUUUCCAUGGAAUUGGCUCGUCGUGCCUUAGGACCCGAUGAUAUCAAGCGCAAUUUGGAGUUGGCAGCUUACUUUACUCGUGCUGGACUCCAGGGUCCACAUCGUAUCAACGCGUUGCAGGUUGCUAUGACCCAAUCUUUCAAAAACAAGAAUUACGCAAGUGCAUCUUAUUUCGCUGGCGAGGUAUUGGCCGCCUCAGCUAGCGGCCAAAGAGCUGACCAAGCACGCAAGAUCAAGGCCAAGUCUGAUCUGAUAUCCAAAGAUGCUAUAGAAAUCGAUUUUGAUCCCUACGCAGAAUUCGAUAUCUGUUGUGCAUCAUUUACUCCUAUCUACAAAGGUGAGCCUAGCGUUUCGGAAGCUUUGGUGGGGGCCAAGUACAAGGAACAGUAUAAGGGCCAAUUGUGUAGCAUAACGAAAAUCACUGCCAUUGGAGUGCCCGCGUCGGGGUUGCGGUUGAAAAGCUAA